AUGUUAUCCUCAGUUCGUCUUGCUUUUAAGGUGGUGAAACCUACGACACCUGUCGUUUCAAAAUUCUUUUCGUUAAAUAAAUUUUCACAAAUCAAGUCUUUUCAAACCGUUCAAAAAAAUCUUUUUUCGAAUUUAUCCACUACUCGUUCACUUGUAAAUAAUAAUAAUUUUAUCAAACCUGGAAUUAUCCAUUUUAAAAAUCACUUGGCAACUGUAGCUGAUACUCCAUCAUCUGAUGGAAAAUUAUCAAUUGAAGAAUUAGAUAAACUCUUUGCAAGUGAAAAAGAAUUUUAUCGAACAAAUUUUUUGCAAGUUAAUUUAGAAUUAUUAGAAGCUUGCGUACCUUUCUUCGAAGGAAUGACAUGGCAAGAUGCCAUAAAAAUGGAUUCAAAUGCUUUAAAAGAGAAGGGAUGCGAAUCUUUUUUUGUUCGCAGUAGAUUAAGGAGACACUUUGAUAUGGUUAAAUGCAAAAUUGAGGGAAGAGAACAUAAUCCGGCUAGUUCUGAAUGGAAAGAACAUAUAGGAGAAGAAAAUGCGGAAGCAACUUUUGACGUUAAACUGUUGGAUGAUCUUCCUUCUUUCCUUCACUCAUUGGGUGGCUCUUUAGGGAUAUUCGCUGCUUACUUCCAUGGUAAAACGUGGAAAGAAAUUGUUAGAAUGACUGAUCCUGAAUUCAAAGAAAUAGGAAUUAAGGGAAGAUCAGUUAGAAGAUCAAUGAGGAAAAGACUUCGUGUAUUUAAAAAAUUUGCAGUUUCGAAAGGUCUUAUUGAAGAUUUCCCAGAUCCUGAACCUCCCACUCCCGAAGUAGAAACUGUGAAAGCACAAGCACAAUCUUAUAGUAUUUAA